UCGUGUCACCCACCGGCAGAGAGGCCACGGCCGGUGAGAUUAUGUGAUCAGAGUUGGUGAUUAUCUGUGGAUGGAACAUGUCUGUUUUCAGUGGAAAAAAAAGGUGAUUUUCUCCUCUAGUUUCUUUAACACCAAAUGAGACACUUGUUGGAGUUUAUCAGGCGCAGAGGAUCUCAACAGAUGAUGAGAGUAGGGGUUGGAUUUCAGCAGCCGAUCACAGCGGGGAGGGGGGUCUGAGGUCUCUGAGAUGGAUUCAGCUUCACUCAACCGCAGCCACUCGCUGGCGAGCGGCCUGGAGAAGUCCUCGCCAACGUGGAAGCCGUCCCACUCUCGGAGCAGCAGCACUCUGUCAUCCUCCAGACAGAUUAUCAAAGACUGGGAAGUGAUCGACGACCUUCAGGGAGAAAUUCACGCAGGAGGUGACAAUCCUCCCGAUAUGACCACUCCGGGUAUCUGUGAAGGAUAUCUGCUCAAGAGGAGGAAGUGGCCGCUGAAAGGUUGGCACAAGCGAUACUUUGUGUUGGAAGUAGGGAACCUGCGUUACUCCAAAAGUCAACAAGACGUCUCCAGAGGACGAGUCCAGGGCUGUUUAGAUGUUGGCCUCGCAGUCAUGUCCAUAAACAAGAAGUCAAAUCGGAUUGAUUUGGACGCAGGGGACAUUCUCUACCACAUGAAGGCAAAGAGUCAUGAACUCUUCUACAUUUGGGUGACCAAGCUACAAGCUCACCGCGUGUACAAGAAGAAUGAGGCGGCUCACAGUCACAGCGGCUUCCUCCACACUUUGUUCCCUGGCACCGCGGCCGGACAACCUCAGAGAAAUGGAGAUUUGAGCUCUGCAGGCUCAGCUGGAGCUCCAGCAGGAGUGCUGCCCUCCGCUAACAUCGCUGUGAACAGCAAAGUGUCGGCAUGGCUGCAGCAAAGUCACAACCAGGACACCUGUGUUCAAGAGCUGAACCGUUGCCAUUUGGACCUUUCGGAGCUAAACCGCCUAAUCCAGAAGCUGCAGCUGCUGGAGGCGGGCCAGACUGUCACUAACGGAGACCUGAAGCGCAUCAUCAGCAUACAGGUAGAGACGGCUGUUCAGUCUGGAGCAGCUCCUCUCUGGGCAGCAGAACCACAUGAAAAUAUAAUUAUUAUUAAUGAUGAUAUUCUGAUCCAGAAUCUGUCACUUGAGAAGCCUGAGAAGCCGAAGAAGCCGAGGUCAGCGAAGAUGUGGGGCCACUCUCGCACGCUAUCCAGAGUGGAGGCUCUGGGAAUGGUAAGAAUGCCUAUUCGUGGGAUUACUAAAUCGCUGUCCUCCAGUCACCUGGGCAGCUCGGCUCACGGAGCAUCCGUCCCCUCUAUCCCCGACUACGUCUACUCCCAGCUGUCCCCUCCUACUGCCACAUCGCCCGAGGGCAAGAAAAUCCAGCAGGACAUCUGCGCCAUGUCGCUACGAGUGUUAACUUCUCUGAAGACAGUGCAUGAAACUCUGUCCCAGGAGAGGCAGAAGCUACAGGAAGUCUGGGAGACUAACAACAUCCACCAGUCGAACACAUUAGCUGAGCCUGCAGCAGGGAGGCAUCCGUCCCGAGGGCCUUCCUCAGCAGCAGAUUCGGCGGCGGAGUAUUUUGACGCCAGCGAUGACAUCCUUUGUGGUAGUUCUUCUGAGUUGUCUGAUGAGUCAGGACUCAGUGAUGGGAGCACCAGCAACUCUGAGCCAGAGGAAGGACAUGCAUCGGCCACCCGGAAGUACCGUGCUAGCAUCUCCAGAACUCCUGACAGCGUUGUUCCCAAGAGCAACGGCCGGCGAACCACGCUGCCGGCUCACUGUCCUGACAACAGCCACGUGGGCCUCAUGGCUAUCCUCUACAAUAACAUAGGUAAAGACUUGGCUCGAGUGUCCAUGCCUGCUCCUCUCAAUGAGCCCGUCAACCUGCUGCAGAGGCUGUGUGAAGAGCUGGAGUACAGCGAGCUGCUGGAUACAGCCAACAACACACGGGACCCCUACCAGAGGAUGGUUUAUAUUGCUGCCUUCGCUAUCUCUGGUUACUCCACGGCGACCUUCAGGAGCCGCUACAAGCCCUUUAACCCGGUGCUGGGGGAGACCUACGAGUGCGUCAGAGAGGACCGUGGCUUCCGCCUCAUCAGUGAGCAGGUCUGCCAUCAUCCCCCCAUCUCUGCCUGCCAUGCACACUCAGACAACUUCUCCUUUUGGCAAGACCAGCGAUGGAAAAAUAAAUUCUGGGGGAAGUCGCUGGAGAUUGUGCCAACAGGAAUGGUGAAUGUCACUCUUCCAAGGUUUGGAGACCACUAUGAGUGGAACAAAGUAGUGACCUGCAUCCACAACGUCCUCAGUCAGCAGCGCUACCUGGAGCAUUACGGAGAGGUCACCAUCCGCAACCUCAAAAGCAACGUCUGCACCUGCAAGAUCACCUUCGUCAAGUCUCGUUAUUGGGGUUCAGACACGAACAAGAAUGAGGUGCAGGGCACGGUGAUGGACCAGAGUGGGAGCGUCAUUCACCGGUUCGGAGGUCUGUGGCAUGAAGGCAUCUUCUGCGACACUCUGCCAACUCCGAAGUGUGUCUGGAAGCCAAAUCCCCAGCCAAAGGAUUACCUGCUGUACUAUGGCUUCUCCGACUUCGCCAUGGAGCUGAAUGAACUCACCCCGCACCUGGAGCCUCUCCUGCCUCCUACAGACAGCCGCCUGCGUCCAGACCAGAGGAUGCUGGAGGAGGGAGAGGUGGAUGAAGCCGACAGAAAGAAAGAUGACAUAGAAGAGUUUCAGAGGGAGCGGAGAAAAGAGCUCGCCAAAAAGGGGCAAGAACAUGUUCCACGUUUUUUCAAGAAAGCCAAAGACUCCUGUGGACGGGACGUGUGGUUGACUAACGAGACGUACUGGAAGCUCAGAGACAAUCCAGGUUUUGCUAACAUUGAGAACAUAACUGUGUGGUGAUGAGACAACACUGACAAUCAACGCCAGACACAAGAGAGAGACAGAUUGAUAAGUAUCCGGGGUGGAUAUUUUUGACAGCAUGUAUGAACCGCUCUGACUAACGUGCAGAGUGGAGAUGGUGCUGCUGGUCUCUUCUCGUUUGCUUCUGUGCUCCCAUGACUGGUUCAUGGGAGCACUCAGCACCUGGUCGUCCCAUCAGACCAUCCAGUACAUGAGAAGAACUUUCUCAUCACGAUCAAUUUUGUAAUGCAUUUUAAAGAUACAUUUUAGAUUACUUUAAUCAUCAUGUUUAUAUUUUUGAGGAUUUCACAGUUUUCUGCAGAAAAGAGUGAAUGUGUGACGCACACUCUGCAGACGUUGAAAUGAAAAUUGGGUUUCUCUAUCAGGUUAGAAAGAGGCCUAUUACAUUAGAGUAUUAAAUGUAAAAAAUUCAAUCAAAUCAUGUCCUCUUCCUAUGAUGAGUACAACUGUUUGGCUCUAUAAACGGGCUGGAUCGCCAACAGAGCAAAGCGGGCAACAGCCGCAAGGGUGCAAUUGGUUUGUUUAAUUUGAUUUAUUGCACAUUUGUUUGGGAAUAUGCAAAGUUAUACAACUACAGUAUAUUUACUACUUAUCUAGUACUGACGUAAUGCACAUUAAGUACUUUAGCUUGGUAUCUGUGACUUUCACAUUACUGAGAACUGAGUAUGAAGAUGAUUAUCACCUACUUAAAAGAGGUAAUGAUAAACUUUAAGACAGUAUCUGUCUAAAUACAGAUACACAAAUACUCAGAAAGUGGUGCAACGUCUAUUUGAUCUUUUUGAACAUGUAAUUUAUUAUUAAAAAAAAAUCAAUAACCAACAUAUACAUAUUUAAAAGAAGAUAUUAUACUGUAUUUUUAUGUCAUUUAUAGUGAAUAUCCAGCUGGUUGGAAACAUGUACAUACUGUAUUUAUACAGUACAUUAAACUGUCGACAUCA